UCUCCAUGUCCGUCUAGCCCUCUCUCUGUUAUUCGGAAUUCUCCGUACGUUUUUUGCCUUCUCGAUACAUCGUUGGCAUGUUAUUUCGUGAAUAGUGUGUCGGCAUUGUCGUGGUCCUCGUGGAGCCGCUAGGGCUUUUUAUGGUUUUGUUUUUGUUUUCGUUGGGAGGGAGAUUAGGGUUCAAAACCCGUUUCAGGAAGAAGAUCGAUUGGGGUUUAACAGCUGCAGCAGCGCUUGAGGCUCCUUGGGUUUCGAAAAGAGGUUCAGGUCGAUACAUCCGAGGACACUUCGCGCGGCUAUGUUGUCUUUAAUCACUCGGUUCUUUCAUGGGGGUGUAUAGAAGAGCGUUGUAUAAUGGAGUUUUCUGGGAAAGUGGUUAUUUCUGAGGCUUCCCCUUGUGUGCAUAUGAGAUUGAUAUUUCCUUUCAUUGCAUGGAUGAUAUUUCAGAUGAGCCUGGUGACUGAUUCUCCUGUACAUUCAUCAAGCAGCGACGACUUUGCUGCGAUUCUUGAUGCAGAACUAGGAUCUACUUCUGACACGUCACCCGACCGAGAGGAUGAGGAUGGAGAUGAGGAGUAUGAUUCUGAAGUUGAGAGGAUUAAAAGGCAGAAGGUGGAUGCCUUAGAAAGCAUGAAUGGUCUUGCGGGUUCAACGUCACACCUGAAUGCAGAAGAAAGUUCAGAAGCAUCACUUAAGAAGGAUACAUGUGUCCACCCUGGUUUUAUUAGAGGAAUGUGUAUGAUCUGUGGGCAAAGGGUGGAUGAUGAUACUGAUGUACCCAAGUAUGGUACUACUGUGCAAUUGAACUAUAUACAUAAGGAUUUAAGGCUUGGUAAUGAUGAAAUUGUUCGGUUAAGAAACAGAGAUUUAAAAAAUUUAUUUCGCCAAAAGAAGCUGUACUUGGUUCUUGAUUUAGAUCACACACUCCUCAACUCAACCAGGCUUGUAGAUGUGACACCAGAGGAGGAAUAUUUGCUAGGCCAAACAGAUUCUUUAGAAGAUGUUUCAAAAGGCAGCUUAUUCAGAUUGGACUACAUGCAUAUGUUCACCAAGUUGAGGCCCUAUGUUCGUACCUUCCUAAAAGAAGUGUGCGACAUGUUUGAGAUGUACAUAUACACCAUGGGUGAACGCUCUUAUGCAUUGGAAAUGGCAAAAUUAUUGGACCCUGAGAAAGUUUACUUCAGUUCUAGAGUAAUUGCACAAGAUGAUAGCACUCAGAGACAUCAAAAGGGUCUUGAUGUGGUACUGGGGCAAGAAAGUGCUGUUCUGAUCCUUGAUGAUACAGAACCAGUUUGGGGGAAGCACAAGGAAAAUCUGAUACUGAUGGAAAGAUACCACUUCUUUGCUUCAAGUUGUCGACAAUUUGGCUUUAACUGUAAAUCUCUUUCUCAGCUGAAGAGUGAUGAAAGUGAGACUGAUGGAGCACUUGCUUCCAUUCUUAAGGUUCUUAAGCAGAUACAUCGUAUAUUCUUUGACUCGGAACCGGGGAUUGAUCUUGCAGACAGAGACGUAAGGGAGGUGCUAAAAACAGUCCGGAAGGAAGUCUUGAAAGGGUGCAAGAUUGUCUUUAGCCGGGUUUUCCCAACUAAAUUCCAGGCCGAAAAUCACCAUCUCUGGAAAAUGGCAGAACAACUGGGAGCCAUAUGCGUGACGGAGACGGAUCCGUCUGUGACACACGUGGUCUCCGCUGAUACUGGAACAGAGAAGUCUCGUUGGGCGGUUAGGGAGAAGAAGUUUCUUGUACAUCCAGGGUGGAUAGAAGCUGCCAACUAUUUUUGGGAAAAGCAACCGGAAGAGAAGUUUCCUGUCAAAUAAAUUAAGAACCAGCAAUAUAUAUGGAUUCUAUGCUAGCCAUGUUGAAUUAGGAUCUCCAGUAUUAAUGCCCUGUAACAUUGAAAAUUGUCCAAAUAGAUCCCAGUUGUAGUAUAGACCAAUCCCACCAGUUUUUAACUGAUUUCUGUUGACAGGUUCAAAACUUGAGCUGAAGUAUACUGAUAUAGAUUUGAAAUGUAAAUAUAAUUUUCUUUAGAUAUAGGGAGAGAGGUUCUUAUCUCAUGUGAGUUAGAUCUUUUCCUUUUUAGUUGAAUGGUCAAUAGUGAGUUGUGAGCCUGAGUUGGGUUGUAAAAGUCUAAUAUUUUGUACUUCUGAUUGAGGGUGGGAAGUUAAUAACCAGUGUUCCGUUCAUCUGA